CACCACGACCCCGAACACCCAAUGAUGUUGCCCCAUCAGGACAGCGAGCCCUGCUGUGAGAGGCUGCGCGAAGUGGCACUCAAGUCGCGCGCUGCGGGACGACGGCUCGGAAGUCGUUUUUAUCGUUUUUGUCCCGUUCGGGCGAUUCGUGCUGCCGUGACCCCGGUAGGCGUCGUUCCGCGUCGCAUCGUCGAUAUACAUACAUACAGCGUGAUAUGCACGUCGAAUCGACUCGGUGUCUGUCCCACGUCACAUUGCUGUUCCCCUCGUCACCCUCCUCGCGUGCUGCUUUCCUACCCUUUCGCAUUUCCUCUUUUUUGUAGACGAGUAAUUGGCACCCAAAGGGAAUCAUGGCGCUUGUCGCGCACAACACCAGGCCGCUUGCCUCGCAGGGCUUGUUACAUCAGGACAGGACGCGGUAUCCGAGGUACUACGCUGAGCAGGGACAAACUUACGACGCCCAAGACCCCCCACCUUUCAUCUACACUGGCCCGCGGUUGCAGAGCGCAUGUGGUUCGCGCAAGGCCAAAAAAGUGCUUGGGCUCGUUGCGCAGUUCGAGAGGCGCAGUAUCGAGGAGGAAGAAAGAGGCGGCCCAAAUAAAGCACAAAGAACCCUGGGCCUCGUAACAGACCUGCCGCGCGACCGGAGGUCGUCGAGGAAAUCGGGCAGCGGCGAAUAUCAGGGCACCUUUGAGCAGAAGCUCGCUCAGGCUGAGAAAGAGAUCCGACGUUUGUCCAGGAUGCACAAUCUCGCUGUUGAUGUAAACGACGAAGAGGGCGCGGCAGCUGACGAUGAGCAAUCCGACCAUGAAGAGGAGCACGAGUACCACCUUGGGGCUGAGGAUGACGAUGAGGAAGCGUCGCCAGCAGACCCAGAGAAGACCCCUUACCUGGAACUGCCAAUCGCGCAGUCACCGCAACAACUCUCGUUCCCGAGUAAUCCCAUCGAACUUGAUGCUGGCCCCGACCACGAACUCCUCCUUCCACCGCGCAGGCCUCGUGCCAGACCACACUCCUACACCUCCCCACGCUUCAGCGAGCGUCCCAAAAACAAAAUUGCUUCUUCGCGGUCGCGGUGCCUGAGCUCCCCACCAAACUUCUCACGACCGCUUUCCAGCUUCACCCCGAAGCCCGUACCUGGAGAGGACAUGGAGCGCGACCCGCUCUCCAUCCGCUUCAACGAUAUCGAGGACGAUCCCCGCUCCCCGAUGUCGCCCAUUGGUGGCACCUUCGUCUCCAACGAGAUCAAGGCCGCCCUGGAGAAACUCGAAAUGGGCAUCAGCAAGUCGCGCACCGCCUCGCCCAUGCCCCCGUCCUCUCCUCCGCCCGCAAAACGCGCCAGCAAACCCCGCUGGUCCUCCCUCCCCGUCUCUCUCAUGAAACUUGCGCACAAGCGCAAGUCCUCCAAGAACGAGGACGAUGGCCUGGGCCUGCACAUCCACCUCGAACGCAAGCAAAGCAAAGAAGUCGUCACGCUGACCGAGGAGAACCUCCAGCGCUGGGAAGACGAGGUCGGCUACGUGCCCAAGAUGUACCGCCUGGGGUACGACCUGCUGAAAUCCCCUGUCGAGCUCGACAUGGAGGUCGAGCGCUGCACGCCGGUGCCGCCCGUCAGCAAGACACCCUCCCCGCGUCCGGAUGCGCUGGCUCUCGCCCGCGCACAAGGCCAGAUGCUCACGCCACCGAUGAGCCUCUCGCCCCCCGUCUCCCCGCCGCUACAGCAUGUCCACCAGCCCUCCUCAAACGGAAGCACCAUCGGUGCGCUGGCGAGCCCUUCGCUCCUCACUCCAACAUACACGCCUACCCUCAGCCAGGCUAGCUUCGCGCCCAGCCAUAACCCAUCCACAGCCAUGCGCUCCUCCACCACCUCCGUCCUCCUCUGCCGCUUCCCAGAGCCCCCUGCGUGCUACGCCCCGGCACCGACAUCCUGCACUUCGCACGCCCGGCCUCAGCCCUCGCUCGCCCAGCAGAAAGAGGCGCUCUCCCUCACGCCGCCGCCCUCCCAGCUCCUCACCUGCGUGACCUGCGGCGAAGUCGAGCACUCGUCCGCAUUUCCCGCGCAGCCGCUUAGCUCGCAGUGUUUGCACGCUGGGCGUGUGUGCAAAGAAUGCGUGCAGUGUUUUGUAGAGCGCGCGGUGGAAAUGCGCGAGGGAGUGAGGUGUCCGGAGUGUGGGGUGAGGCUGGGGAGUGAGGAGGUAAUGCGGGUUGUUAGUGUGGAGGUGCUGAGGGGGAUUGGGCGGAGAUAUUCGGGGAGGCUGAGUGAGGAGGGGGCGUUGAGUGGGUGAUUGCGAUCUGUCAUCCUGUGAGUAUGGGCAACAAUCAUUUUUGAGGAUUUCUUUUGUUGGUUGGACGGUGGAAUGGAGCUGGCUUGGAUGGGUUGGGAGUUUGGAAAGGCAUAUACCCCGCUAGGAUAGUGUUAUAAUUAAUUUCAAGGACGUCAAAAGCAUA